AUGAUGAACCAUGAAAUCAACAAGGCGUUUCGCAUGCGCCUCGAUCAGGGCGGCGCCAUUCUGAUGCCGGGCGCUGCCAAUGCGCUGGCGGCACGUGUCAUUGACCAGCUGGGCUUCGAGGCAGUCUAUAUUUCAGGUGCCGGGUUGACCAACACAUAUCUCGGCAUGCCGGACCUGGGGUUCGUUUCGCUUCCGGAGAUUGCGCAGCACACCUCGACGAUCCGCAACGCGACCCAGCUGCCCAUUGUUGUCGAUGCGGACACCGGCUUUGGAAAUGCCCUCAACGUCCAUCACACGGUUCGUACGCUCGAACGGGCAGGCGCAAGCGCAAUUCAGCUUGAAGACCAGGUCAACCCGAAACGCUGCGGCCAUUUUUCCGGAAAGGAUGUUGUGGAUCUGGAAGAAGCGCGCAGCCGCAUAAAGGCGGCCGCUGACGCCCGUAUCGACCCCAAUUUCAUGAUCGUUGCGCGCACCGAUGCGUGCGCGGUGCACGGUUUUGACGCUGCCAUCGAAAGAGCGGAAGCCUUCAUCGAAGACGGCGCGGACGUCACCUUCAUCGAAGCGCCGCACAAUCUGGAAAACAUUCGGGAGAUACCGGCGCGGCUUGCAGGCACGCCGCAGUUGAUCAAUCUGGUCGUCGGCGGCAAGACACCGAUCAUCGACUUUUCGGAACUCGAUGGAAUGGGUUACGCCCUUGUGCUCUACGCCAAUGUCGCGCUUCAGGGGGCCCUGAAGGGUAUGCAUGACGCGCUGUCCCUUCUGAAAAGCGAUGGGCGCAUGGAUGAAGACGGACCGGUCGCGAGCUUCGAAAUCCGCCAGAACGCGGUUCACAAGAGCUUCUAUGACGAUCUCGAAAAAAACUAUUCUUCGAAGUAG